ACGUUUUAGCCACCUCUUCCAUUCGAAAAGGGUUUAUAGAUGCAUUGGUGAUAGUUUCGAUCUGCCGCAAGCAAAAACCCUAGUAGCAGCACAGUAAGCGAAGGGGAAGAAACAGAGCACAACUAUGGCGGCGGAAGGAAGAACACUGUCGACAAAAGAAGCCGACAUACAGAUGAUGUUGGCUGCCGAAGUCCAUCUCGGAACUAAGAAUUGUGACUUCCAAAUGGAACGUUACGUCUUCAAGCGCCGCAACGACGGUAUCUACAUCAUUAACCUCGGAAAGACAUGGGAAAAGCUUCAAAUGGCUGCUAGGGUAAUUGUUGCUAUUGAGAAUCCUAAGGACAUAAUUGUGCAAUCUGCCAGGCCGUAUGGGCAGAGAGCUGUCUUGAAGUUUGCGCAAUAUACUGGUGCAAAUGCAAUUGCUGGACGCCAUACCCCUGGAACUUUUACCAACCAGCUUCAGACCUCAUACAGUGAGCCAAGACUCCUGAUUCUCACUGAUCCAAGAACCGAUCAUCAGCCAAUCAAAGAGGCUGCGCUUGGGAACAUCCCAACUAUUGCUUUCUGUGACACUGACUCUCCAAUGCGCUAUGUUGACAUUGGUAUCCCUGCUAAUAACAAAGGAAAGCAUAGUAUUGGUGUUCUUUUCUGGCUCUUAGCGAGGAUGGUACUGCAGAUGCGUGGUUCCAUUAAUCAAGGACAUAAAUGGGAUGUCAUGGUCGAUCUCUUCUUUUACAGAGAGCCUGAAGAGGCUAAGGAGCAACAAGAGGAGGAAGCCCCUGCAAUCGAUUAUGCAGACUACUCUGCUGGUGCUGCCCUUGGUGGUGACUGGUCUAGUAGCCAAAUCCCCGAGGCCCAGUGGACUGGAGAUGCUGCACCUUCUGGUCCAGUAGUUGCUAGUGGUUGGUCUGGUGAAGGAGUGGCUGAGGGAGGAGGCUGGGACACUGCAGCUGCACCUGUUCCAGUUCCUGUGCCAGAUGCCGCCCCUACUGCUGGCGCCACAGGCUGGGAAUGACCCUGUUUCCUAUAGGAAGCUCUUCUUCUGUUCUGGAUAAAGAGUAGACAUUGUGAGUUCUACAAAAAUAGUUUUGUUCAUAGCACAGUUAAAGGAUUUUCUGUGGAUGUACUCAAUUAUUUAAUCAUUGCUAGCACGGCUUUUUGGAGAAUUUCAAAGUGGUUUUGUUAUCAAGAGGUGGAAACUGUCAAAUUUGGUUGCUGUUUGGAAAAUUUUCAACGCCGAUCGGAAUUAUUACUGCAUUAUUCCAAAAUGGAUAACCAAAUUCUCCUUAGGAGGGUUUCUUUGAUCUCGGACGUUUAUUUUUUAAAUUUGGAAAUUAGAGUUGUGGGUUCCAUAACUGCAUGAGAAGCAUACUACAUUUCACUAAAAGAAUGAGAAAAGAGCACAACAAAGAGUGUUAGUGCUUAUAAGAAACUUGGUCAAGCAAAAUGUAAGUCAAGGAGUUAAACGACUUAUUAUUCUUUAUAGCUAUGAAUUAUGAUUGUCUUUUUGGUAUUUAUUAUACAAACUAUGCAGGUGUAGACUUUUGAGUCUGUUAACUGCUGGUUGUAGUAAUUGACCUUUUGAUGGUUGAGUGCCCUUUGGGCUUGUUAA